AUGCCAGGAUAUAUUGGAACUUCAAUUAAUGACGGUCCAGGAUGUUUGAUGCUGAGAUGUCCUGAUCCCUCUUACGGUGCUGCUAUUGAUCAAGAUAUGAUUAAUUUUUUAGUAUCUGACGAAGAUAAAGAUAAAGUUGAUCAAGUUUAUAAGGAGUUUCCAGAUAGCGGAGAAGCACCUUUUCCCCCUAAAUCAUCAAAGGAGAAUUCAGUUGUCGUGAAAAGGGACUUGAUAUCUCACAAUGAUGUUGAAAAGAAAGUGUACACUCUUUUGAAGAGGCAAUCGGGUUGGGAAUCAGAGCCUUGA